AUGAACCACUUAUCCGAAACCAAGCUGGUCAGUUUCAAAGGGACUACUAAUUAUAGAGACGACAAAUGCACCAUGGCCCCACAAAGUCGGUUUGACUGUGCCAGGGACAGGGUUCUCAGCAAGAGACAGUGUGAGGAGAGGGGUUGCUGUUAUGCCCCUCUGGCCAACUCUGUUGGACCACCUUGGUGCUUCUACCCCAGUUUGUACCCUGGCUACAAACUGGGUCCCUUGACUCCUUCAAAGCGAGGCCUGGCUGCCACUCUGACUCGUGCCAAGCCCUCAUAUCUGCCUAGAGACAUCUCUACACUAAGACUGGAAAUCAUUGAGGAGACCACAGGCUGCUUGCACCUCAUUCUGAAGGACCCGUCCUCUCAGCGAUAUGAGGUCAAGCUCGCAGCUGAUGAUCCCAAGAGCAGAGCAGAUAACUCCGAUGUCCUUUACACCACCGAGUACCAGUCUGACCCAUUUGGUUUCAUAGUGCGACGUAAAUCCAAUGGACGCACGAUUAUAAACACCACUGUGGGACCUCUGCUUUUUGCUGACCAGUACUUGCAGUUGUCCACCACACUAGCCUCUUCCCUUGUGUCUGGCCUUGGGGAACAUUACACCUGCCUCCUCCUAGACCUUAACUGGACUUCUCUUACUCUCUGGAACAGAGACAUGGCACCUCAUGCUCAUGCUAACCUAUAUGGCUCCCACCCAUUCUACAUUGUACAGGAGGCUGAUGGAUUAGCACAUGGAGUUUUCCUUCUCAACAGCAAUGCAAUUGAGGUGACGCUUCAGCCGACUCCUGCUCUCACCUGGGUGUCAACUGGAAGAAUUCUGGACCUAUACUUUUUUUUAGGUCCUGACCCUCAAAGUGUUAUACGACAGUACCUUCAGGUCAUUGGCCGUCCCAUGAUGCCCCCCUAUUGGUCCCUGGGAUUUCAUCUUUGCCGCUGGGGUUACACCACCACUAAUACAACCCGCAAGGUUGCACAACGCAUGCACAAUGCCAACCUUCCAUUGGAUGUGCAGUGGAAUGAUUUGGAUUACGCAGACAAGCGAAGGAUUUUCACUUUUGAUCCCUGGCGAUUUGGUGACCUCCCAGAGAUGGUGGAAGAAUUCCAUAGGAGAGGCAUGAAGUACAUCCUUAUUCUGGACCCAGGGAUCAGUAGCACUAGCCCCACUGAAACUUACCCUCCCUUUGAUGAUGGCCUGAAACGAGACGUCUUCAUUAAAAAUGUCACAGGACACAUUUUGAUCGGGAAGGUUUGGCCUGGCCCUACAGCCUUCCCUGACUUCACCAACCCAGAGACCAGACAGUGGUGGGAAGACUGCAUCAGAGGUUUUCAUUCUAAAGUGCCUGUGGAUGGACUGUGGAUUGAUAUGAAUGAACCAGCCAAUUUUGUCCAGGGCUCAAUGGAGGGCUGUCCUCACACUGAUCUUGAAGACCCGCCUUACACACCUAGAGUAGUCGGCGGGGAGUUGAACUCGGGAACUCUCUGCAUGUCAGCUCAGCGGAGGCAAUCCACUCACUACAACCUGCACAAUAUGUACGGACUGACAGAAGCAUAUGCCACAAACAGAGCUCUUGCAAAGGUACGAGGGAAGAGGCCUUUUGUCCUGUCUCGCUCCUCUUACUCUGGCAUCGGACGCUUCUCUGGAGUGUGGACAGGUGAUGUCAGGAGUGACUGGGAGCAGCUGCGAUUCUCCAUCCCUGCUGUGCUGCAGUUUAGCCUGUUCGGGGUUCCUCUGGUGGGCGCGGACAUCUGUGGAUUUGAAGGCAACACCACUGAGGAACUGUGUGUACGAUGGAUGCAGCUUGGGGCCUUUUACCCGUUUAUGAGGGACCACAAUGACAACUUCAAUGCUCCUCAGGAGCCAUACGUAUUUGGGCAGGAGGCUCAGGCUGCCAUGCGGAGUGCACUGAACCUCUCAAACACCCGUUCUUCUGGAGCCUUGAGAAGGAGCUGCAGUUCUUUCAGGAUGUAAGUGACAGAAUAGAAAAAGAACCACUGGACCAGACAGCUGGACAGAGGAGGGAGGGCUGUUGUCAAGGGGGACUGGAGAGAGCACAUCACAGUACCACUGCAGACAG